CACACACGCACGCACACACACACACACACACACACACACACACACACACACACACACACACACACACACACACACACCUGAGAUGUUUUGCACAGCGGGGUGUCUGCACCAAAGAGGAGGAUGUGUGGCUCUGACGUGUGAUAAUAAAUGGUUUCUGCUCCCCUUGUCGCUCUUUUCUUGGUUGGUUGUUUCAGGACUGGGCCUCUAGGGGGCAGCACCAACACCGUUCACAGCUGCAACCAGGCCUGUUCAGCUGUUCGGUCCUACUGCAGAUGUUUGGUGAAACGUGACGUCCUUUGUGCUAGAAAACAUCUCAGAUAUCGGAGACGUUCCCUCUGGAGCGUGAGAACGUCCUCGUGGAUCUCUGGAAUGUUGACGUCUUCCUGGUCGACGUUAAAAGGCCACGUCAGGCUUUUAGGGACGGACCAGAACCACCCUCUCUGGCUCUGAUGGUUCAGGUGCUAAGCUCCUCCUCCACCCCUCUCACUGUUUGUGAGAUAAAACAGGCUGGCGGGACAAAGGUCAAGUUCAAAGGUCACCUUGAGGUGUGUGUGUGUGUGUGUGUCACUGCUGGAGUCGGCGACAAUGAGAGCUUCAGGACUGUCAUCAUGGUCUUCAUCAGACAGGUGCUGCUGCUCUCCACCACCCUGGCUCUUCUCCUCCUCCUCAUCAGCUCCUUCUGGCUACCCCAGGGAGACCAGCGGGAGUGUGGCUUCGCCUGGCAGCCAUGUUUGAGUAACAGCCAAGCGCCCCCACCUCCAAAGGUGUCUGAGAAGUGGGCGGAGCUACAUGGAGACACGCCCCUUGUGAAAGACUGCCCUGGCCAGUCGUUUCAGGCCCGGCGCCUGCUGCAGUACCUCAAGUCCAGCCUGGAUGACGACGGUGACAUCUUGUUGGAGCCGUACCUGCUGAGCUGGGAUCAGCUGCUGAAUUUCAUGGAGUCUCUCGGAACGAUGGUCGGCUUCUUUUCUCAGAAGGUCAGAGAGAAGAUCACGCUGAUUAGAGAGCUGUCACUCAAACACGGAGCGAAGGCUCAUGGGAAAUCAGCCGACGCACCUCAGCGACCGACCCCUGCAGCCUUUGAACUCCGUAACCAGGCAUAUCGAUCUGUUCGCUCCAUGGUGGAGGCGGAGCUAAAAGCGGGUGUGGUUAACUUCUCCUACCGAACGGACUCUGGCUGCAGGACGCUGCUGCGGCUGCACCGCUCGCUCCUCUGGCUGAAGCUGAUGUUGGAAGGUUUGUCUGAGGGAGCGGACGGAGAAGGACGACUGAAGACACCUGGAGAGCUGAGCAGGGAUGCCUACAGGGCGGCGCUGGCCCCCCACCACUCCUGGAUGCUCCGCCAGGCUGCAGAGAUCGUUUUCCUCGCCCUGCCAGAAAGAGACUACUUCCUGAAGCUGGUGUGUGUGCAGACGCAGCAGGAGGCCACGCCCAUCCUACGCAUCAUCAUCCAAGCCCUGACGCUGGUGCACACGCAAACUCAACGGAUCCUGGCCGAGCACGAGCUGCUGGAGCUGCCCUGAAGCAGACAACAACCUCAGCCCAACCACGAAACUACAAGACCACCCUAAACGUUGGUCCUGCUCAUGACUCCUCCAUGAGGGAGGUUAUGCAUCAUGUGGCCCUCAGGGGCCGCGUCCUGUCAGUGUUACCAUGGGGACGUGUUUUUGGUGGGUUCCAGUAUUUAGCGGGUACCAAACUGUUUCAGACCAACGGGAAAACGCUGCUGAUAACUUAAACUGGUUAUUAAACCGUUUUACUGCU